AUGUCAAAUUCACAAAAAGUAAGAGAAAAUAAAAUAAAAGAAUUAAUAGAAAAAGAGGACCUAAUAAAUAGACAACUACAAGAUAUACUGUAUCAAAGGAAUCAUAUCGAUGUUAAAUUAAAUACAGUAUCAAAAUUAUUUUCCAAAAUAGAACAGACAAGGAGAAGUGGCCAAGAAAUUGCAAAUACUGUAAACAAUACUGCCGAAUUAUCGGAUAGUAUCACUGCAAAAAUUCACCAACUUGAUAUUGCUCGAGCCCGUGUUUUCGACUGUCAAACCCGUUUGAAUGAUUUAAUCGAUUUGAGAUUAUGCAGUGAUGGUGUUCUACUGGCUAUGAAAAAUGAGGAAUAUGAACAAGCUGCCGGCCAUAUUCAUCGAUUUUUAUCAAUGAAUCAAUUAAUGCUUCAACAAACAGCAUCCGACAUAUCCGCAAAUACAAACAGUAUUACAAAUGCAGUAACAACAUUACAAAAUGCUUGUACAAAAUUGCAUCAAAUCGUUAAAGCAAAAUUCGAUGAAGCUGUUAGUAAAGGAGAUUUAGCUUCGAUUGAAAGAUAUUUUAAAUUAUUUCCUCUUUUAAAUUUACAUGAAGAUGGUCUUUCUAAAUUUUCGUUGUAUUUAUGUUCUAAGAUAUAUGAAACAUCUACAAAGAAUAUCGAAAAAGCUCUUGAAACAUCACAACAUGAUAAACGAGCACACAUUAUCUAUGCAGAUAUACUAACACUAUUAUUCGAAGGUGUUGCACGAAUUAUUGAAAUUCAUAGUCCACUACUAGAGACGUAUUAUCAAACUGGUAGAUUAUUAUCAGUUAUUCUAAUAAUACAAAAGGAAUGUGAUCGACAAACUAGAAAAAUUUAUAACGAAUUUGUAAAACGGCGACAAAUUGUAAAAACUAUGACACAAAUAAAUGAUUAUCUGAAGAAUUCAUCAAUUACAAAAUUAAAUAAUGAUAAAUUGGAUCCAAAAUCACUUGAUGUACUCAUUACUGAAUUAAGUAUUAUGCAUUCAAGAGCUGAAAUGUAUUGUAGAUUUUUAAGUAGACGUGUUUUAACAGAUUUGGAAUCAGCUUUACCAGAAAUUAGUGCCGGAAAAGCUGAUGUAUUUAAACAAAUGUUAAAAACCAGUGAAUUAAGCCAAUGUAUGCAUGAAUUGAUUAGCAAUUAUUUACUUUUUGAACAGUUUUUCUUAGAAGAAUCUGUAAAAAAAGCAAUUUCAUUAGAUACACCAGAAGAAGGUCAACAAACUUCUAGUAUGGUGGAUGAUGUUUUCUUUAUUUUACGAAAAUGUGUUAGGCGAUCAAUAUCAAGUGGAAGUUUAGAUGCGAUUUGUGCAAUGAUUAACAAUGUAUGUGGUAUUUUGGAAAAUCAUUACUGUUCAAUAUUACGUGAAAAUUUACGACAAGGUUAUCCAUCUGGAUAUUUAGAUUUAACGCAAGCAUAUAGUGUCCUUCAAACGUCUAUACAACAAGGUCGUAUUCAAUCUGGGAACGAUUUAGAUCAAUCUAGAUUAAGUUUUAUUACCCAUUUAAAUAAUACAAGCGUCAGUUGUGAGUAUGUGGAUACUCUGUGUACAGCAUUAAUGGAAGAAGUUGUUAAAUCAAUGCCACAAAUAACUUCAAAUGAUCGAGAGAAAUUAGAAAGUUGUAUAUCCGGACUUUCUGCAGUUACCACAAAUUUAAAAUCAAUUGAAGAUUAUGGUAUGGAACAAUUAAGAUCAAGUGCAAUUAAACCACGUGUCAAUCAAUGGCUUGAUGAAUUUUUAAAUGUUCCUCAUGAAAUUACAGAGGACGAAUUGUCAGAAUAUGAGGCCAAAGAAACGUUCAUACAAACAUUAAUUAUGCAUUUAGAACAUUUAUUAAACUCUUUCCGAAAUGUGCUAACCACAUCAAACUUCGAUACACUAGUAGGAAUUUUAUCAGCAGAUGUAACAGCACGCUUUGAAAAAGUGAUAUUUCAAUCAAAAUUCAACAGGUUGGGGGGUCUAAUUUUGGAUAAAGAAAUUCGAGCUUUAACAACAUAUUUAACAUCGGCAACAUCCUGGUCUAUCAGAGAUAAAUUUACAAGAUUAAUACAAAUUGCAACAAUAUUAAAUAUGGAACGUGUAACUGAAAUAUCUGAAUAUGAACAAUUAAGUGGUGAGAACUUUUCAUGGCGAUUAACACCAGUGGAAUUACGACAAAUUGUAUCGUUAAGGACUGAUUUUACUCCAGAUGAAUUAAAUAAAUUUAAAAUAUAG